AUGGCUGAACCAUUUUCCCACAUAGAGUCAGGAACAAUAGAUGCUUCAACUAAACUCGACAAAGAGAAAAAUGUUAAGGAUUUCAUUCGCUCACCAUCGUCGCAAAUUGACCCACGUCAGACUAAAGGUAUCAGCCUAAUAAAAAAUCCCAAGCAAGAACCAAAAACAGAUUAUUCAUACAACCCCUCGAAAGUGGAUCUAUGGAACAAACCUCAUGUAAGCCUUUCAGAGACAUCUGUAUUAAUUAAAUCUAAGCGAUCUGGCAAAAAGUUGGAUUUGUCUGGUUGUGGUCUUACAAAGUUACCCGGGAGUCUUGAUGACUAUGCUAGUCUGGAAGAACUGAAUCUAUCUAACAACCCUCUAAACAAUUUAGAUAUAUCUUUCUGGGAAUAUUUCUCUCGGUAUAGGUUGAAAAAGUUGGAUUUGUCUGGUUGUGGUUUUACAAAGAUACCGGAGGGUCUUCAUUACCAUAAUAGACUGGAAGAACUGAAUCUAUCUAACAACCCUCUAAGCAAUUUAGAUAUAUCUUUCUUGGAAUAUUUCUUUUGGUAUAGGUUGAAAAAGUUGGAUUUGUCUGGUUGUGAUCUUACAAAGAUACCGUGUUUUCGUUACCAUCAUAGACUGGAAGAACUGAAUCUAUCUAACAACCCUCUGAGCAAUUUAGGUUUAUCUUCCUUGGAAUAUUUACCACUCUAUGAGUUGAAAAAGUUAGAUUUGUCUGGUUGUGGUCUUACAAAGUUACCCAAGGGUCUUGAUAACUGUGAGAGUCUGGAAGAACUGAAUCUAUCUAAUAACCCUCUAAGCAAUUUAGAUAUAUCUUCCUUGGAAUAUUUACUUCCCUAUGAGUUGAAAAAGUUAGAUUUGUCUGGUUGUGAUCUUACAAAGUUACCUGAUUUCAAAGAAUGCAUCAAGCUACAAGAGUUGAAUUUUUCCAACAAUUCCUUUGACCGUCAAGAUCUAUUAGAACAACUAAAUAGUGGGAAGGUGUUUAGUUCUUCAAUUUUUCAUCAUAGUGGCAAGGAAUUCGUAGAACUCACGGCCAGUGGUUUGGGGUUGUCCAAACGAACCUGCAGGAUUAUAUUUGAGGAUGCUGUUUAUAUACAGAGUGGUGGAGGUUAGACAUCUAUUGUUUAAUAAUCAUAUUGAAUAACAAUCCAUUGGGUCUAGGUUCUCGCUAGAUCCUAUGAACUGUAAUCCUAAUUUAGUUGCGCAUAAAGGUACCUUCUAUUUAUAUUUUCAUUUUUUCCUCAUUUUCUUAGAGAUUUUUCAAUAACAAAAUAUUUAUUGCUUGCUCGUAUUGUAUAACAAAAAGACUAAAAGUAUAAUAUAAUUCAUAAAGUGGCUAUAAACACGUUUAUUGUGCACAAAAAGAAAUCUGAUAGAAUAGAAGCAGAAGCUUUAUUGAUACAAGAGUUAAAAGAAGAUAAAAGAAGCUUUAUUGAUUCAAGAGUUACAAUCAGUAAAAUACUGUUCGCCCAAAUGAAUGAACCUGAUUUUUAGCUUAACAUAUCAAUAGACAAUUCCCAUUAUAGACUAAUUUUAAAACUAGGCAAAGAGAUGCAAAUAAAUCACAACAGCUAGAAAGAGCAUACUAAAAUGAGUAAAAUGCGGAAAAUAUAUAGCCUUGCAAAGUUUGCAAAUUUUGUAUAAUUUUGUAUUGCGCGCGGAAAUUGGUACCAUUUUCGGCCUAAAUCAUGGUGGUAGCAAUUUCCGCACGCAAUACAAAAGUAUACAAAAUUUGCGGAUUUACAAGACUAUAUUUUCCGCAUUUUACAACCUUUGGCAAACAAACUUUGCAUUUUUACUCAUUUUAGUAUGCUCUCUCCAGGAAUAUACUUUUUGCCAACAUCAAAAAAUUAGUCUAUAUCAUGGGAAUGGUCUAUUGAAAGUGUUAUUAUUUCAUUUUGCUGUUGCAGAUGUUACAUCUACGGAAGAAAUAUAUAAAGGGCAAAUGGAGUUGGAAGAAUUAAACAGGUUUAGUGGACUGAGUUUACCGAAUGAAGAAAUCUGGUUGGAUGAAUUCUGUCAAAUAAGAAAGUACAAGAAUCUCACAAUUGAAAGUUGUUAUGCCAUGCGUAAGUGUGACUUCUUUUAUUUAAUAAUAAUUUCAUAAAGAGUAAAGACUUGUUUUACUUUUUUGAAAAAAUUUUCCUGGAUAAAUUCUACCACUCUAUGACACUGCUUUUGUUGCGUUAUUUCCGCGUCGAUUGUAUAGACUAUAGCAUUUUUAUAUAAAUUAUAAAACAAAUUAAAAUAGACUCAGGGGCCGCACUGGCGCUAAAGGGUGUGUUGGUGUGUGUGUGUGUGUGUAGGGGGUGGUAUAGUCUGCAAAAUUGUUUUCGUAGUCGGCAAAACAUGAAUUUGAAUGGAAGAAAACCAUUAAAAUAUUUUGAGUGACACUGAUAGAAAUUGAUAAUGAAAGCUAAAAUGUGGAGAAAUCUACGAAAACAUUAGGGAACAAUUUUGGGAAAAGAAAUAUUAAUUGGUGGUUGAAGUGACUCUCCAAAAUCUCCCUUGAUAUAACUCGGCCAAUUUCACUUACACGCCCCCAAUUCAAAGAUGCCUAGUGCCACUCCUGUGGACUGUAUAGCAUUUUAUAGAAAUUGAUAAUCAAGAGUAGGUUUAGAAAAUUGUCUAUAACAUGUCGAAUAGAUCUAUAAACAGCCUGCCAGGAAAAGUCUUGCAAUGGUGUGUAUUUUUGAGCUACAAUUAGCUCUGUUAAGACUUUUUCCAGACAUUUCGCAUUGAUUGUGAAACUGGUAGUUUAGCAUUGCUAAAGUAAUCAGAAUAAUAGUUGUGACCAGCAAGAGAGCUGGAUUGGUUCAGCGAGCUCAGUUAUGUUAAUUUUUGCUAGAUUGUUUGAUCAUCCUUAUUGUGCAUUGUUCAGCACUGAGCUGUACAACGAGGGGCCUGUACCGGGUUCCUGUGUACAUUAUACUAUUUGUACGAUCAAUAGGUAAAUGCAUGCAGUACAAGCUUUGCAAGAUAUUUGUAAAUGCAUGCAGUACAAGCUUUGCAAGAUAUUUGUACCAUCAGCGGUGCCGGUGGAAGUGGGCGGGAAUAAUUGUGACUCGUAAUAGCAGGGUGUCCACGGGCCUUGAAAAUGCUGGAAAGUCCUUGAAUUGGAAAAAAAAAUUCCAGGACUGGAAAGUCCUUGAAAAUCUUUAAAAGUCCUUGAAAGUUCUGGAAUUAAUUUCCUUAACCUCCAUGCGCAGCUAUGCCAAUAUUAGUGAUUUUUAUUAAAAUUGCUGAAUAAUUAUUAGUGAACUAUUUGCGUUAAAUCCGUGCCAUUUUCAUAAGUUUUUCCAGUUCUAGCCUCUAGGAUAAACCUUGAAUAAAGAUAAAUUUGUUGAAAAAGGGCCUUGAAAGUCCUGGAAAAGUCCUUGAAUUUCACCUUCACCAAAGGGUGGACACCCUGGUAAUAGACAUUUCCAAAAUCGGCGUAUUUAAUAAACAAUUAUUGGAUGAGGCUGAACAUGAUGUAAAAAAUUAUUCAGACCAGAAAAACUAUUAUUGGACGCUGAGCACGUCAGCAGCCAAAAUUACAUAAUAAGUACCGAAUAUUGAGAAUUAUCCGGUGCACUCUGACCAAUCAGGAACGAGAAUACAUACUAAAUGUAUAAUAAUUAUAGUUAUUCGUUUCCGCAUGUUAUUAUUUAUUAUUAAAGGAAUACCGAAUGGUUUUUCAUGCAGGAUUGCGCAUAGAUAUCUCAUAUACACUAGAUAGCGCAUCCCACCCUGUAGGCAGGCGAAAAUUGAAGCCUGAUCGCAGUCGCAGUUUACGUGCGGCGGCCAUAUUGGUCGUUCCCACGGAGCGUGAUAAUUUGUAUAUUUUGUAUUGCGGAAAUGGACAAAGUUGACAAUAAAUCCGCUUUUAUGCAGUCAAUUUUGGUUUUUCAAGUGUGCAACUUGUUGUAAAUGAUGCCAGAUCGUUGGAGCUUCAUAUUGUGAAUAACGGGUAGGCAGAAUUUAAUUAUUUUUUUCGAAAAUAUCAAUAUUUGUCGACCCGUAUGAAGGGCGCCCAUAGGACAAACUUUAUGGACAAACCAUCAUUGUUGAUGUAUAUAUAAAUAUAGUUUCACCAAUUCCAAAUAAAACAUUUUGAGCAAUCGCCAUUGCUUCAUGGCAAAAUUGUGAAUGUAUUUGCAUAUUCUUUUGUGAAAGACAGCGACACUGAAAAACAUAUUUUAGUCACAGUUUAUCAAUGGCAAAAAUAGACUUAAAAUCUUAAAUAGUCAAUAUAUAAAACAUUGACACCAAAAAUGGUUCUUACUCCUUACUAUUUGUAUAUUUAUUACAUACAUACAACAUAUAUAUUAUUUUAUAGUUCCAUGAAAUCACAUCAAGAUUAAAAUGUGUUAGAAGCUAGAGAAGAAUAAUUGCAACUUAGUAUAUUCGCAGGCAAUAUAACAUAAUUGAUAUUGCUUUAUGUAAAUGUAGUUGAUAAUCAAACUUUCUAAAACCUUCAAUUGUAUGAAUGCUUCAAACUAUCUUUAAUAUUUGAUGUUAAGAAAUAUUUCUUUCUGUUGAGUCCUAGACCUUUUGUUUUUAAUUCAAGCAAUCAAACUGCCAAAUUACUGUAAUUAUUAACAGCUAGCAUAGGUCAUUGAUAAUCAGCUGAAUUUUAGAACUGCUUUGGGAAACCCUAUUUUGUAAUGAGACACAUUACUUCUUGCAUUAUUGUAUAUUGUAAGGUCAAUGGGAUAAACUGCUUGAUGCACAGUAGAUUUUAUAAUCUUAAAUAUAGUUGCACUCACUAAAUAUUGUAUAAAUAAUUCUAUUGUUAUAAUAAAGUAUUACUUUUGACUUUGUGUAAUAGUGUUUUCUAAUUCUUUGACUCAUCAGAUGCACAAUAAUUAAACUUUUCUAAAAAAAUAAAAUAAAUUUGCCAGUACUCUCAGGAAUUGAAAACAUGAUAAACUCUCAAUUUUUGCCUUUUGAGUUUAGUGGUUACUGUAAAUAGCAUUAAAAAAUGUCCAAUUUAAAAAAAAAAUUUGGAGACCUGAAGAAGUUUUGGUGCCAAUUGAAAUUAAAAAUUUGAAUUAAACUCAGAAAAUUUCAUAGCAAUGGGUAAAGUCAUUCCUGAUGCAAAAAGUAUAAGAAGUAAUAGUGAAGGGUCAAUUGUGACAGAAUCAAAAAUCAAAAGAAAACUUCCCAGGACAUUUCAUCAGUAAGCAAUUUAUUUUUAGUUUUUUACAGUAUACUAUUAUAUUGAUUGAAAUUAGACCUGCAUUAACAUGAUAAACAUCCCUAAGGAUGAAGUACUAUGAAAACAGUUGAUACAAAAUGUUCAUCAAGAAAAGUGGUCACCCAAAAAGCAGAUGUUUAUAUGUUCUGACCACUUUUGUUCUGGUUGCAUUGUCCAUACUGUUCUGUUCUCAGAAAGCAGACACUUAUAUGCUCUGACCACUUCUGUUCUGGCUUCAUUGUUCAUUGUCCAUAUGUUCUGGCUUCAUUGUCCAUACACAAUCUUUUUACUGAGCUAGAUCACCAUAUUUUUGACUCACCAGUUGGUGAAAAUCAUGUUAUAUAUUUCAGUUGACCAAGAGCAUCAUCAAGAGUUACUGUGAGGUUAAAUUUACCAUCUUGGAAAAAAGACCACUGAGAAUUCAUCUGGACAAAAAAUUAGAAAGAAAUUAAAUAAACUUGUACCUUUUAAGCACCAGUGUGAGUGAUUACACAGAAUGUAUCAGAGAAAGCUAAAUAUUACUAAAAUUUACUAUGAAACUGCCCAAGCUGAAAGUGCAGACUCUGCCUCAAACAUAAUUUUACUAAAGAUUUAUAGUGAUAACUGCCCAAGCUGAAAGUGUAAACUCUGUCUCAAACGUUUCACUAAAGAUUUAGAGUGAAAACUACCCAAGCUGAAAGUGCAGACUCAGACUGUCUCAAACACGUCACUAAAGAUUUACAGUGAAAACUGCCCAAACUGAAAGUGCAGACUCUGUUUUUACAGUAUAAACUGCCUACGCCGAUAGUCGAAACGUUACUUACCAACUUCCAUUUCCAUAAAGUGGUGCCAGAAACCGUAAGUACAUGUAUUGAUUAGACGACACUUCACCAGAGAAUCACUCACAGAUUCAAAACAAGUAUAUAAAGCCAAUGUCGUAAUUCGAAAUUUUUAGCUUUAAAAUGCGAUUCAAAGACAACAACAUCGCCAAUUAAUGUUUUUUCUUGUACCCUUUUCCAAAAAAGCUGCGAUUUCAAGGCGAACGUACCUCAAAAAGGUAUGUUUAAUCCAGAAAUGCAAAAAAGCCUCGAAAAGUAUAGUAUUUUCUAUAGCAUUUCAUUGAUGAGUGGGAACGACCAAUAUGGCCGCCGCCUAUUUUCAUGGGGGAAACCGCUGAGAUUUUUGGCUUCAGUUUUGUAUUCCGAGAUGCGCUAUCUAGUGUAUAUGAGAUAUCUAUGGGAUUGCGUGAUCCAUGCACGAGAGAUGUCGCGAGACUUUCGGAAAGCGUAAAAAUACUCGAGCCGCAGGCGAGUGUAUUUUUACGCUUUCCGAUAGUCGAGCAACAUCCCAAGUGCAGGAUCACGCUAUCCUGCUUGGAAAACCAUCUGGUAAUUGUUUUAUAAAAUAACUACAGUGAAACAAUGAUAUUUUGAGAAUCCCGCGAAGGCAUUUUAAUUCCUCGUGCAGGAUAGCCUGAUCCUGCAUGGCUAUUGGCCAAUCAAAUUGCGUGUUUCACUGUAGUUAUUAUAUAAUAUUAAAUACUGCGUUACCUCCCCAUAAUUCGAUCAUAGAUUUUCUAUAUUUUUCACUAUAUAUUUUAUCUCUCUUUUCCGUAGUUCAAAGCCUACAUAUCGUUUGUAAUCUGGUUAGCAUUGCUGCGUUCGAUUGUUGGGAACAUGAGUCGACUUUGUCUUUGAGCCGUUGUUGUGACGAAAUUCGAUAUAAAUGUGCAAUAAUAAAACGUUGUUAUUCAUAUUCGCAACACGUACGAAAAUGUGUAUAUUAUUUAAGGUGUACUGUUUCUUGGCUGGAAAGUUGGUCCUUGCAGGCUGAUGAUGACAUUAAAUUGAAACAAAGCAUUACGACAUCCGAAAUUGCUUUCAAGGAAGCAUCUAAAGCUUUUUCGAAUGAGUCAUCUAUAGCAGUUAAAGUCCUUGCUGCAGAACUGACAAUUAUAUCAGCAAUUCUUUCAAAUUUAACCAAGCCAGAAGCUGCAGUUCUUCGUUGUCUACAAUCCUUACAAGUCCUUCACGACCUACAUACAAUUCGAGAUAUGUUUUCUUUCCUGGAUAGAAAAGAAACGAAAACCACUUCUUUUGAACAAGUGGAAGUGUCGGUUGAAAUUGCUGAAUUCGUCAUUAAAAUAAACAAGAUCUUGUUUGAGUUUGUCGGAAUGUUUUUUAAACCACCACCAACUGUUAAAGAGUGGCCAGCGACGAUACAAGUGGAUGAAAAAAUUUACAACCCUUUGAUUGACAGACGAAUGAUUGAUUCAGACGUGGCAGUAUUCCGUUCAUUGAAUUUGGACAUUGGUGAAGAUGACAACAAAGGUAAAAACCCAAUUACUGAUGCCACAGAGUAUAGUGUUUCAAUUAUUGAAAGCAAUGGAGAAACUGCUGAUAACAGGUAUAGAAUAUUAUUUUUAAAACCUUUAGUCCAAGGUCGCUAUAUUUGGUAAAGUGAAAUAGUUAGGGCCGGAUUUUGGCUGGAAAUAACAUGACCCACCCCAAACUUCAGGUAUUUGUUAAUAACAUUUUCCUUCAAAUGUUGCUUUUUAUAAUACAAAUAUAAAAUACAUAUAAAAUUCCUACAUUCUCAAAAUGUUAAAUUUAUAUUUAAUAAAUGGAAUAUACUGCGUGCAGUAACCGCAUAGAAAUAUUAGACCUAAAAUGCGUGCUUGGUCAUGUGACCGGUGUCCAAAUUGAAAACAAAAGGCCCUUAUAAAUUGGCCAUGUUGGAUUUGUCCGAGGGGUGGCCCACAGCGAAACGUCAUGGGGCGGGUUUAAUUUGCCUUAUAAAUUGGCCAUGUUGGAUUUGUCUGAGGAGUGGCCUAUAGCAAAAUGUCAUGGGGCGGGUUUAAUUUGCCCUUAUAAAUCGGCCAUUUUGAAUAGUUAAUGUUGCGUCACUUGUUUACUGAGAAAGGAUACGAGCACACAUUCUAGGUCUCAUAGUUCUAUGAGUAACCCUCGCCUUAUUGACAAAACUAUUUUAUAAAAUAGCCUUUUAAAAAUACGGGCGCUGAUUGGUCAAAAGCUCAAAAAAACAGUCCGCUAUAUUUUGAGAUCAGUGAAGAUGACCACCCAUGCACCGUAACCAUAGCCAUGCACCCACGAUUAUUGAUGAACUUUAGACUUCACUAAUACUUUCCUUUCCACGGGUGUAAAUUGCUGUGCGGAAUUUAUGGUACCCUCGCCCCGGGCCUACGCCCGUUUAUUGAUGGCCUAAAAUAGAAUUACCCACCCCAUGACCCACCGCUUACGAGAGACUAACAAUUGCAUGACUCACCCCAUUGAUGAGGCUAAGAACACAGUGACCCACCCCCUUUGUGCUUUGGCCCACCCAGCUACUUUCUACACAGGCAGAAAGGCAGAGAAAUCAACAGAAUAGGUGCAGAGAAGGAUUGGGUACGAUAUUUCCCUGAAAUUAUCCGUAUGUUGACGUAUAGCAAGAAACAAAGUAAAAAAUAUUGGAAUCGGAUUCUUCUAGUUAUUCAAUAUACAAAAAAUUGUUGAAAAACAACAUUUGAUUUACUAUGUGUUUAUAGACUAUGUUACAAGGCUGUGAUGAAUGAAAAAUCGCACGCGAGUGUUUGGCGAAAUUAUAAUACGCAAUCGCGGUAUUAUAAAUAUUUCGACAAACACACAAAUGUGAUUUUUCAUUAAUACACUUCGAAAACAAGUGUAAUUUCCUAUUAAUAUAAUUUUAUAGUCAAUUUUACACGAUCAAUGAUAAGAAACAUUGUUUUGAUAUAUUCAAGCGAGCACAGCCAUAUGUCAAUUUUGAGAGUAAUUUCUGGCAUUAAUUUUCAAUUCAUACUCUGCGAAUUCAUUUCAUGCAUAUACAACUGAAUAAUCUUUAUUUUUUCUUUUUCUUUAUUUUUCAAACAUACUUAAAGAGCUCAUUGCAAAAUAAGAGCUCAGAAAAUAUAAAUUUUCACGUUGUUUAUUUAGAUCGUAUUCGUGCCGAUUAAUCUUUAAUCAUACAGCACACCCUGCCAAUUAAUGUUUAAUCGGCACGGUUUUUAACCAGUCAGAAAAGAGUAAAUUGACUAAAAUGAUAUUAGAUAUUAAAUAUUAAGGUGAUCUACAGUCCGUAUGUAAACAAAGCCUUUGUUUACAUUUUUGUGUCCAAAAUAUUGAGCUGUAUUCGACAACUAUUUAUAUUUUCAAGCUUCUAGAGUAUAACAAAUGAUCAAGAAACAACAAUCAGGCUUUUCAAAAACUCAAAACAUAGUUAAACCGUUUGUAUCAUAAAAAGUGGGCUCAUUUGUGCACAUGCGCAGAUCGGACUGUAGAUCAUCUUUAAAUAGCCACGGUAUAUCAAGACAAUUAUACGGUAUUGUUUUCUUCUGAGCAGCGGCGUAGCCAGCCCCAUACGAAUGGGGGGAGGGGGGUCUAAAGUGCCAAAUACAUAAAAGUACUGUUCUAAAAGUCCCCGGAAAUUUUUCAAUUUUAAGGUUAGCGAAACCCACGCGCAUAUUUGGCAUGGCCUUUUGGUGAUCUAUAUGCCACAGAUUUGGUCUAUUUUAUGCCAUAGAUGAAAUAUUUACGAGAAUAACAAAGCAUGUGCGUAAUAAGCUAAUAAUAUAACACGUUAAAUUAAUAUAUAAAGAAAGUUUAACCCCCCCCCCCCUAGUUUCUUCUCACUUUUGGAAGAAUUGCAAUAUUGAUCAUUACAAAAAGUGAGGGAGGGGUCAAGACCAAUCCCCCCCUGGCUACGCGCCUGCUUCUGAGUUCUGCAGCAUGAAUUAAUAUUAACAUGUCUGAGAAUAAUAUAAAGUGUCUGGCUAUUUCACUAUUGCAGAUGUCCUGGUAACAUCUGUUGAUUAAGUAAUCUACAAUUAACUUUGUGUUCUAAUUCCAAAUUUUUCGAAGUUUGGACACAAAUCCACAGCAGCUUAAUAUAUAUUUUACCAUUAUUCUUCUUUUAGCAUCACAGUUGACCAGACAGGUGGAUGCUUUAGCCUUCCAGAAGUGAGUGCUUUCCUCCUAUUUCCACCAAAUGCUGUUGAUGAGACAGUAACUUUAAAGUGUAGUCGAGUGAAGCAUAAAGAAUGUGAAGUGAAGCCAAGGGAUGGAGAAGUAUUCGUAAGCCGGAUCCUCAAAGUUGAACCCGAAGGUGUGACGUUUAAGAAACCUGUGACAGUUCUUUUAUCUCACUCGCUUGACGAGGACCAGGUCUUUCUGUAUUUUUAUGAGUUAAUCGUUGAAAAUUUAAGCCCGAAUGGUUGUCAGGAGUUAAAGACAGAACGAAUAAGCUCCAUUGAAGGUAUUGCAAUUUAAACAAUGUUAUUAGAAUAAACCUAUUCGCAAAACUUUCAACUUAAAUUUCGCGUCAGCUAUACUGGGUCGUUUAAGAAGUUAUUACCAUACAGAUACGCUCUCCCAUGCUCUUUUCUGCGUUUCGGCAAAAUCAGCCUCCUCUUUCGUCUUAAAGGGAAAUGGCAAUAUAAAUUUUUAUUUUCUCAUUUGAAAGAAUUUUUGAAACUAUAUAUUAACUUCUUUUACCGAUUUUUCAUAUCUUGCUUAGUUCUUGAAAUAUUUUCACUUGAAGUAAUGAGAUGUUCACCAUCUUGAAUAAAUUUUUGAUCUCAUUAACGGUGGUGUUAGUAACGUCACAACAGGGUUUAACCAUAUAAAAGUAUUCGUUGUCGACCAAAUAUUGAUUGGUAGAUGUUUUAAAGGUUUUGAGUGAUCUUGAUAUUUCGAAGGGCCAAACAGAGUAAGGUUUUGAGUGAAAAAUGAUCAGUGGUUGUCUUGAUAAAAUAUUACGUGACCCUGUUGUUGAUAUGACGUGACAUGCAUAUCUACAUAAAAUUAAGAUGGCGGACCUUUUGUUCCUUACUAGCGGCUAAAUCGAGGAAUGCACAUUUGCCCGACGCCAUCUUGAAUUCCGCGCAAUGACCUGGGUCUCAGUUAUGAUGUCAUAGUAUCUAUCAUGAAUGAUGUAAUCAAAACAAACGUAUUCGCGGGAAAAUGAAAAUAUUGGAUUCUGAUUGGAUAAUUGUCGCUCGCACAUGCCUAAAACUAAAUUGUUUAUAUGUAUAUAAAUAAAGCUAGUUUACAGCAGCAAAAAUCACAAUAAAUACAUUUUUGAUGCUUUUAAAUCAUAAAUAAUCAUAUUAUAAUGACUGAUUUUAGCUUUUGAUUUCAUAUAAAGUUAAAUAAACCGAUUGAAAAUACAAAAUAACAGCAUUUCGCGUAUCGACAUUUUUCACAGUGAUUUGUAUGCAUUAAUCGACACUUAGUCUCUGGCACGCAAAUUUACUUUUGUAUAGUGAGCACAUAGUUGUUGCACGGUAGAUGGACAUUUCGAAACUACCCUUCGAUUCAUUUAAUGGAUAACCAUUUUACUAAUUCAUUAUUAUCAUAAGAUAACCACGGAUGUCCCCAGUUAAUAAUGAUUCAAGAUGGCGUCGGGCAAAUGUGCAUUCCUCGAUUUAGCCGCAUGUUUAUUACUUUCGAUCAAAUUAUUUGUAGAAGUGAGCAACAUAAAAAAAAAUGGUAAAAGAGUAUUAUUAUAGUCUUAAAAGCUCGUUCAAAUGAGAAAAUAAAAAAUAUAUUGCCAUUUCCCUUUAAGUUCCCUUUCUCAGCCCUCUGAAAUUGUUGAAGAUUUUGGCAGUUACUUUCGUUUUUUAGAUAUUCCAAAAGAAAUAUCUAAUAAAGAAAUUUUGGAAAACUGCUUGCCGUUUGCCAAAGCGACUAUACGUGAGACUUGUACCUUAGUUGCUGCAACACGAGCCACAUUCAAUCAGAUUUUGAUACCAACAAACAGACGUUAUGCCUUCUCUAAGCAGUAUGGAGACAAUGCAGAACUAAAGAUCACAUUUCCGGCUGGCGUAACAGAGAAGAUACUGAUUUUAAACGUUCAGGUAAUCGGUUUUCCCGCAAUGCACUGCGGUUACAGUGAGUAACAUAUGAGUUAAUGUCUUGCAAAUUCAGUGUUGCCUCUUUGGUUUCAGUUUAGCUAUAUAGCGAUGGCCGAUGGACAAUAUAUGCGCGAACUUAGAUUUUUGCACGUCAAUCUUUCUACAUUUUUCAGGAAUGGUCGACCUUUCCUUUAUAUACCUACACAUUUUAAUACAGAUUUUAAUACUCAUUCAUUGUCACAUCCACAUUUGACUGAGUGUAAAAAGUUAAAAGAUCGUGGGAGGUUAGGAUCGUGAAACUUGGACUGGUGCGUGUGGAUUCUGCAGUUUAACACACACAUAAGAAGAAGAAUGUAGCGAACAAGCUCUCACAUACUUCUGUGUAAAUUUACACUUUCAGUUGUUUCCUGCUGAUGCUGUCCUAAACAAAGAUAUACGUUUAAAUAAAAGUCUUGUUUAUGCGCCUAUCAUCAGAGUUUCUGGCCAGACGACUCCAUUCCUCAAAGCAGUUGAUGUCGAGCUCACAUACUCUCACAGUGACGUGGUUAAUAUUGAAGAAAUUUUUUUACCAGUUGAAAAAUCGAUUCAUUUCACAACUGAGUAUGGGCUGUUGAUGCACAAUCACAACGAAACCGGGUUAAAAGACAACUGGCAAGCGUUAAAUGAAAGUCACGAUGUUUUUAUUGAGCGAUUAAGAAAGGAUCAGCUGAAGUUCUCGUUUUCAGUAACACAUUUUUCAGAGUAAGUGAUUAUGUAAGAUUAUUUUCUGAUAAGUUGUUAUGAUUCAAUCACGAAGGAAAGCAUAAAAGGAUAAACAGGAAAGAAUAUUAAUUUUUCACAUGCGCCGCUUGUAACGACUUUAUUGCAUUUUGAUACUCUAAGACAAACGAGGUCUUAUUUAUUUGAACCAUAUCUGAGGCUUAUUUGAGAUGUCGUAAUCAAUUUUGAAUUGCGGAGGGGGAAGGACUAAAAAGAGAAGCAGGCUUAACCAAGUUCAUUUUCCAACAAGAGAGGCGUAUUUGAGGCGGGGGGACUUACCAAUUAUUCAAUGAGGUUAGCAUGGCAAAACCAUUUAUGAAUGUAUCAUAGUUGUAUAUAGAAUGUCUAAUGUAUCAAUGUAUAUAGAAUGUAUCAUAGAAUGUAUCAUGUACCAUAUCAGAGACAGGGAAAUAAUUACAUAGAAUGACGGACUACAAUUUAUAUUAUUUAUUGGAAAACUAAACUGCAACGUUUUCUUGUCUACUUUUAGUGUUCAGCCGGUGGUGAAGACGAGUACAGCAGUUAGUUUUGUGCCACAAAUGAGCGCUAGUAUGGUGAAUAUGAACAAUCCAGCUUGUCAUCAUGCGAUCGUUUUGGCUGUGCACAAAUGUGGUAGCAGCCCGAAGACACUUCAUGCUGUGUUGGCGCCAAAACACGAGGAAAAUCGUCUUAGUACUAAAUGGAAUGUAAAAGGGUUGCGUUUCAUGAGACGUCUCAAAUGCGAUGAACCAGUUUACUUCUGUGUUCCGAUGUCAAAAAGCGAUCAUUUGCUCCUCGAGGAUUAUACUUUAUGGUAAAUUUGAAUUUUUUGGAUUAAACUGGUUGUUUUGUGAAAAACACAAUUUUAAAGCAUAAUGACCUCGAUCACAGUCUCGUACUCGGGCGCUUGAAAGGAAAUCGUACGAUGCUGUUAUAUACAGAUCAGUGGCUAUGCUGGUCGAGCGCGCGCUGAAAAACUCCAGUUGCGUCCUCCCCAAGCACACCCGUGCAAUCUGUAUAUAAUUACGAACGGCCCAUCUUAGCGCGGCCAGUUCAUAAUAAGUGCAAAAAUAUUUAGGGAUCCACCGGAUAUUAAAAAUGCCUGGCCGGAUAAGUAAAGUUGAAGGUAGGUCAUCAAUCCAUCAAUUGUAUUUGUUUCCUGAAUACUGGGGGUGAACUGGUGGAGGACAGUUUUUAGGUAUAGUCGGUAACAAAAGCCCUAUUUGGUACAGUCCUAUUAAGCAUAAAUAGCGUGGGUGUUUUUUACAAAACAUAACAAUGAAGUUAUGAAUAUAAAAGAUAAGCUUCUUCAUACUUAUUUACACUCGUAAACCGCUGAUAUUUGUUGAUAUUUUAUGUAGGUUUGAUCCAGAAGAUGAGUCGGAACUAGCCAACAACACAGAUGAUGUUGAUCUGGCGGGGAAAGACAUGCGUUUCUUGAAAGAUAGAGAGUGCAAUAAUGGUGAAAAUCAUACUACACAAGGAGAUUGUCGUGCGAAAGUUCCAAUCCAUAUUUCUGAAACCAGAUCAGUGCAUGUUGAUCCACGUACUACAAAUUUUGGUUCACCGUUGCCUACCGCAAAUACUGUAAGUCGCUCUGUCAAAUAUGCCCCUCUCUAAAAGUUCCCUUUUGGAGGAAAUAAAUGUAUCAAGCCUCCCUUCGUACCAACGGGAGCAGCUUGAUCAACUUAAGCAAUACGCACAUGUAUCAAUCUAACUAGUAGUUCAAGCUUGUCACUUUCUGCAUUUUGGCAAAAUGAAUCAGCUCUUCCCUGUGUUUGUGGAUCUCUUUUCUCAAUACGCGCUUUCCCUAGAACAUAACCUCCCCCGAAGGCGGGGGGGGGAGGAGUUACGGUGUGACAAACAGCAAGCUUAAGUCUGAUGUCAAUAUUAUUAAGGAGUCCUGGUCAACCACAAUGCAAUGCGCUUUUGUUUACGUUUUUCCGUUACUUUUAUCAAUUGUUGCCGCCAUUCUCGAGGCCACACAAAAUAGCUGCCUCCGGUCCACAACGUAACAGAAAUGUAAACAAAGGCACGCAUUGCAUUGUGGUUGACCAGGACUUUUCAGGAUUUACAAUAGCAGGGAGGGCCUAGUUGACGUAAUUGUUAAAGGAGCCAGAUUAUUAAAGUCUGUUUACAUUUCAACUGAAUUGGGUCCUAAGUAACAUUGCUCUUUUCUUUUGCGUUUCAAUGUUUGAUUUUUGUAUUUGUUCCACAGCCAAGCGCAGAAAUUCGUGAACCCGUCGUUGAUGUUGACUCACCGCAAGGUAGGUUAUGUCGGUUUCCACUAGGCGAAUUAGUUCCUACGCUUUGUGGAGAAUGUUAUUGCCAACCAUUCGCAUUGCCGAAAUUUGUCUUUCGAUUCUCUUUGCGCGAAUGAAUUCGCCUAUUAUACUUUGUACAUUACUUUUAUACUUCCUCCUCCGCAUAUUAGGUUUAACAUGCGGCCUAUAUAUACUGUACACACUCCGAAAAAUAUGAGGCAUGCGUGUUAUUGGUGAAUGCACUAUGGUCCCGUGUCAUGCACCUUAAUUGUCUAACCAAUUGCUUAUCAUAUCUAUACUGUUCUUCUGUUGAUACAGAACGCGAUGUUUCAUCUGGUACAGAAGACGCUCAAAUGAAUAACAAUCACAUAAGCCAGGUAAUUAAAUGUUUGGGAUUUUUUCAUUAAAAGAAUAUUAUGAGGUGUGAUAUUUCCCCAGUUCACAGAAAGUGUAUUUUACAUGUAGAUCAUGAUGCGCCGUUGUGCAUUAUUCGAAACGACAGUUGAAACCGCAGCCCAGAAGAAAAUGGAGAUUAUUAAAGAAUUGGCAGAGGAUCCUAAGGGAGGCAAAGCCACAAAGAUCGUGGAGGUUGCUGCACCAACGACUACUGUUAUUGCUAGCCUUGCUUGUGGCAUAACAGCUGCAAUGAGUAUUCCAACUGGUGGGGCAGCAUCGUUCGCCGCAGCGUUUGUAGCUGGUGGUACUCUACUUGUUAAAAUUGUCGAUAAACGCUAUCAACAAGCUAACGCUAAAGUAGUCGAGGAAGUGCUUCAGACAGCAACAGAAAAAGCACAAAUUUCGUCUUAUUUAAAUUGUGUCGUCAAGGACGUUGCCAAAGAAUUAUCUCGUAUUUUCGAGUCCCAGUUAUUUGAACUGCAAAGUGAUAAGCAAGUUGAAAUUUUAGCAGAGUGUGCGGUCGAUUUGAUGUUUAAUCUAGAAACAGACGAUACAUUCGACAGAAACACUUUACUUAAGAAAGUACUACAAGAUGGCAAAAUAAAAAAGAAGAAAAUACUUACAAGAACAAAGGAUAUUGAGUGGUCUGCUCCAAAUGUGUUUCGAAAACCUGGCUUGCGACGAAUGAUUUUCGGAAAGGAUGGCGCGGAAUUUAAGCAUUUUAUUAAACCAAACGAAGAUGGUAAAAAAUGCAAGUAUGGUUAUCGCGGGCAGUUUCUUGAAGUAAAGAAAUGUGUUAGUCAAAACGGUGAAGGUGAAACAGCUGCCGCGGAUGAAACCCCAACCAAUGAAGAUACUAGCGAAAAAUUGUGCAAAGACUGUUGUUCUAAUUAUGAAAAUUGCACCAGUGGCCAAUACUUUGAUGAAUCUGAAAUUGACUCUCAUUACAAUAAACCUCAAAAUAAACUAUACAGUUACAAUCCACUACACAUUUUAAUUCAGUGUCCAAAGGUUUUGGAAUCUUUCAAUCAGCUUCAAAAGGAAAAGCCCUCAUUAGCCAAUUUUUUGAAGAGUAAGUUGCGUCUUCCUGAGGAUCAUCUUGUACUCCCCGUAUAUCGACCACAUUCACUAAGGAAAGUUGCCGAUCUUCAAAAGUCAGACCUUACUGGAUCAGAUUUUAGCCAUUGCGAUUUCACAAAUUCAUCUCUCAAGGAAUCCCAUUUCAUCAAGUGUGUCAUGCUGUUUAUAAAGCUAGGAGGGGCGAAGAUGUCUGGUUCAAAAUUUUGUGACACAUUAAUCAGUCACAGUAACUUGGAAAAACUGGAGGCUGAUCACUGCGAGUGGACGAAGACGUCGCUCCUUUUCUCCAAUGUUAAAGGCGCACACCUAAACUCUGUAGAAUCCAGUAUAGGUGGGAAUUGUUUGGAUGGAACCAAUAUUUGCGAAGCCAUCACUGGAAACAACAGGGAAUUGAACUGCAACGAAGGUAAGUAUAAAUAAAUGAGAUUUUAAAAUUGACAUAAUAUUUUGAAACCAAGCCAGAAUGAGCACCAGAUUUCUAGUCCGAAUACUUUAAAUCAUUUAUUCAAAUUCCGAAGACUUGAAAUCAGGUCAGAUCCGAAUUUGAGGUUUCAUAGUGAAAUCCCAUUCUCCUUUAUCAUUACUAAACGUUUUGUGAAUUAAGUGAAUCUGAUAUUGAUUCUCAAUACACCGAGUCUCGAAAUCGAUUUCUAGUUACCAUCCGAUAACAUAUUAGUACAUACAUUGUCGAAAGGUUUUGAAUGCUUUCAUUCGUAAUCGCAAAAGCACCGAAAAAAGCUUUCACUAGCCAAUAUUUUGGAAAAAAAGGUGUGGCCCUUUCUGAGCAUCAUCUUGUACACCUCGUCUAUCGACAACAUUCCGGGAAAGUUCCUGAUCUCCAAAAGUCAGACCUCACUAGAUAAGAUUUCAGCCAUUCCGAUUACACAAAUUCAUGUCUCGAAGAAUGUUAUUUCACCAAGUGUGCCAUGUUGUUUGCAGAGCUAGCCCAGGCCAAGAUAUCUGCUUCUCAAUUUUGUUGUGACACAUCGGUCAGAGACAAUAACUCGGUGGAAGUGAAAGCUGAUCACUGUGAGGGGACAAAGACGUCUCUCCUUCACUCGAAUAUAUCGGAUGUCCAAUGCCUGGACUCUGCAGAACCCAGCACAAGUGGGAAUUUUUCCAAUGAGAUCAAAAUUUCCAACGCCAUCCCUGGAAAUAUGGGGAAAUUGAACUACAGUAAGUAUAAAUAA